GGGGUUUUAACCUAACCUUAGUUUGUCAAAUUAAGGUUACUUUUAUAAAACUUUGAUUAUUGACCACGGUCUUAUAGGUAUAUAAGACCGUGUUAUUGACAAAUCCAUUAAAUAUGAAUAUAUGCCGAUUUCCCUCUUUGCUAAGACUAAACAAGUUAUAUCAACAGCAAAAUGCUAUUAAAAUUGCAUUGAGUGGAAAAAACCUAAACCUAAAAUAUAACAAUAAUAUUAUAUUAAAUAGAUAUAUAUCGACUUUAGAUGCUAAGCCGAUCAACAAAGAAGAUGGUCUAAUUCAAAAAGCAAUAAAGAAAAUCACAUUUGCUGCCGUUGAUAAAGUUAGAAUUAAAGGUAGCGCCUAUUUCUUGUAUGAGGGUAUAGUGGACACAAUAAACUAUUUACAGUUUUUUGAAGAAUUGGAUCUUCCUGAUACUUUUUAUUCCUGGUUUGUGAUAACUGAGUUGCACAUUUGGAUGUUAUCUGUUAGAGCAAUGGCCGAGGGGCAAGAUGGUAGACAUUUAAGAAAUUGUUUGGUUGAAGCUCUCUGGGCUGAUGUGGCUCAACAUAAAACUAACAUGAGUAGACACCAUAUUUUUAAAACACUGGAUGAGGCAGUCGAUUAUCUCUAUUCAGAAGAGAUUGAAGCUGAUAUCAUAGCGUUACCACCCCUUGUUGAUGACCUUACAGAUGAAGAGAAAAUUGACGAUAAUGAUCUGGCUGAACCUGUUGUAACAGAUACUGUAGGAGAGACAGAAAUUGAUAUACUUUCCGAUGACGAUAUUCCGUUAUCCAGGCUUCAAGGACCAUCAACAUCGUUUCCAAAAGAUCAUUCAGAUUCUUCGGAAAAUGAAACAGAUAAAUCUGCUCAAAAGCGGAUGAAGGUAUCUAGUACAGCAGAAAUGAGAGAUCAGAUCUUUGAGCUAUCAGAACAGUUACAAGCAGCUCUUUUGGCUUAUGAUGAAGGUAUUCAAUCGGACGAUGUUGUUUUAGCAGGAGCAAUUUGGAGAAGGAUUUUUCAACAAAAAAAUGUUGAUGUUAAAGAUGUAGAAAAAAUGGUUAAAUUUAUUAGGAAACAGAUAACUCUUCUUGACAACUACUCUAAGGAUCAAAUAUUCCAGGAAAAAAGAAUAAAAUGGGAGCCCCUUAAAUAGGAAUUAAAACACAAAUAAAUAAUUGUAAAUAUUUUGAGCCUAUGUAUUUAUUGUUAUUGUUAAGAUAAAAUAAAAUCCUAGUUAAAAACA